AACACAAGUCGCAAGAAGCGCAGCUGCCCUAGCAGGAGAUAUCGUGCACCUUUCCAGGUGACACUAAGGAUUUCAGCUUUCGCUUGAACUACCUUUCUAUCAACCCUUACAAUCUUCAUUGCAAGAGCUUGACACGCCCAUCAUGUCGGAAAUUUCGCAUCAGUCUCUGCCUCCUGGUGCCCUGGAAGCAUUACAACGCCCAUCGAAUAACGGAAACCGCUUCACGAUACGCAAACUCUCUGAUUUCGAUCAAGGUGUACUUGCGGUCGUUAGAUCACAAGAUACAGAUCCAGGAGCAUUGACACACAAAUUCGACCUUCUCUGUCCCCGUAGUGGGUGUGGUAGCAUCAUCUUGAAAGCGGGUGUUGGCCAAUGGGUAGAAAGUGCUAGCGUUGAGCUCGAUCUCACAAAAGAGCCUCUUCAUCCAGACCUUCCAGCAUUGCCUACACCACCUGCCACUGUCCAGUGGUGGUUAGUAACUCCGAGUAUGAUGGAAUUUGAGAACAUUGGUUUUACGAGGCCUGUCCGGCAAGACGUUGCAGCAAAAUCGCUCAAGUUGUUAAUAUGCGCGGAGUGCGACCUUGGUCCAUUGGGGUGGUGCGAAGAAGGGGGUAGUGAAUUCUGGUUGGCUUGUUCGCGGGUGGGAUAUCGCUAACACGUUAAUGGGCGACUUCACAUGUUCACAGACCAAUACUGAAUGAUUCAGGAAGCCGAAUAAGAAAUAACGACCGCAUUUUCAACAACAAACUUGACCGCGGAAGGCUUGACUCUCGCAAAACCCUAUGCUCAAGCUAGAGCUGUCGUGGUAAGUCGCUGUAUGGUCGUUUGGUACGCGCAGAGAUUUUAUUGGUG